CACACGUCUCCUGAAGUUUGAUACAACAGCCAAAGUAUACAACAUGGCAGAAAAUAUAAAAGUAGCUGUGAGAGUUCGACCUUUCAAUGAAAGGGAAAAGACUAUGAAGUCAAAGCUGUGUCUGCAAAUGGUCGGAAAUACAACAACAAUCACAGAUGAAAAAGGAGGCACAAAAAACUUUACAUUUGACUAUUCAUACUGGUCACAUGAGGGUUUUAAGUCGAAUGCUGAUGGAUAUCUGGAGCCAACUGACAGCAAAUAUGCAGACCAGAAAAAAGUAUUUGCUGACUUAGGCCAAGGUGUAUUAGACAAUGCAUGGGGAGGUUAUAACUGCUCUCUGUUUGCAUACGGACAGACAGGCUCUGGGAAGUCGUAUUCUAUGGUGGGGUAUGGAGCAAACAAGGGUAUUGUACCAAUAGUUUGUGAGCGCCUUUUCCAAGAUAUUGACAAGCGUAUGAAAGAGGGUAACAAAGCAGAGUACCAGGUGAAAGUCAGUAUGCUGGAGAUAUACAAUGAACAGUGCAGGGACCUCUUCAACUCCAACAGCUUUAAAGUCAAAGGUGGACUAAAAGUCAGGAAUAACCCAAAGAAAGGAUUUUUUGUCGAUGGUUUGUCCACGCUACCAGUAAGCAACUAUGCUGAUGUGGAACGUAAGAUGAAUGAAGGAACAAGAAACAGAACUGUUGCUGCUACUCAGAUGAACCAAACAAGCAGCCGAGCUCACACAGUUGUCGCAAUAAACUUCACACAGAAAUCUCCAAACAAAGAGGGCAAGAGCAUGACAAAGACUUCUAUAAUUAACCUGGUAGAUCUGGCUGGAAGUGAACGGGCCAAUAAAACAGGAGCGACAGGAGACAGACUAAAAGAGGGCUCUGCAAUCAAUCAGUCACUUAGUUCCCUUGGUAACGUCAUAACUGCUUUGGCUGAGGCAGCCGAGGGAAACAAAAAAGUUCAUGUUCCCUACAGAGACUCGGUGUUGACGAAAUUGCUGCAAAAUGCACUUGGAGGAAACAGCAAGACUGUCAUGAUAGCUGCAUUGAGUCCUGCCAAUGUAAAUUAUGAAGAAACUCUCUCAACAUUAAGAUAUGCAAACCGUGCAAAGGCUAUAAAGACUAAAGCUGUUGUCAAUGAGAGUCCAACAGACAAACUUAUCCGCGAGUUACGUGAGGAGAAUGCCAAACUAAUGGAAAUGCUCAAGCAGGGUGGUGGAGGUGAUGCUGCUGGUGCAAGUAAUAAAGAAGAAGUGGAAGAGUUGAAGAAGGAGAUGGAAGAACAAAUGAAGCAGAACCAGAAUGAGAUGGAAGCAAUGAAGAAAACUUGGGAAGAGAGGCUAGCUGAAGAAAGUAAAAUAAACAAGGACAAAAUAGAAGCAGAGAAGAAGAAGCAAGAACAGAUGAAGAGCGUCCCUCAUCUCUGGAACCUGAAUGCGGAUGCAUCACUUUGCGGGAUGGUGGUGCACUUUUGUCCAGAAGGUGAUUCUAAAAUUGGCAACAAGAGUGCAGCAACACAGCCUGAUAUUCUACUAGCUGGACUGAGCAUCCACAAAGAACAUGCUGUUAUUAGUAACAAGAAGGAGAAAGUCACUAUUCUACCAGUAGGUGGAGCCAAAGUUGUUCUGAAUGGUGAUGAAAUUCGUGAAGAAAAACAGCUUAAUCACCAUGACAGGGUAAUGUUUGGAACAUCUCAUCUCUACAUAUUCCACCACCCCAAGACAUAUGCCACCUGGCUGAAGAAUAAAGAUGCUAAAGCACAAGAACCCAAACCAACAUUUGAGGAGGCCCAGGCUGAGAUUGCUGAGAACUCAGGCUUUAUGGGAAUUAGUUCUGGGAUAAAAAGUAAAAGCAAUAAAGAUGACCUUAUCCUGCAAGAAGAUCUGAUCCAGCUGCUUCCAAUGAUCAAUGAGACAAAUGCAAUAUCAGAGGAACUCAACAAGAAGGUUGGAUUUGAAGUUGUCCUAGUCUCCCCGCAAGCUAGAGGCCUCAAGGAGGGUAAAACAGAGAUCAUGGUUAAGAUGAAGGACCUUGACAAUGGUAAUGAGUGGACGUGGGACCGCAACAAGUUUAUCAAUCGCAAGUACAUUAUGCAGGAGAUGUAUAUGAACUACAUGGAAGGUGACCCAGAUUGGGAUCUUCCUCAGGACCAAGAUCCAUUUUGGGAAGACCCUGACACCGAAGUUCUCAUUGGCAAUGUACAUGUCUACCUGAGCUCACUGGCAUUCAUGAUAGAACUUGAAGAGACCAUGCCAAUCACAGACUUCAAGGGCAAUGAACAAGGUCACCUGAUGUUAGAGGUUCAUCCAUGUGAUGAUAAAUGGAACAAUAUAGAAGAUGGAUAUGUAGAGCCUGCUGAUCUAAAGGGACAGAAAUAUAAUUUCACAAUUAACAUAAAUGGAGCUAGAGGACUGCCAUCAAAAUAUGACAGGAGUUUUUGCACAUUCAAGUUCUACCUCGAUGACGUGCCUAUAAAGUGUGAUGAAUGUACUGGUUUCAACCCGAAUUAUAAAUUCAAACAGCAGUUCACUUACAGUCCAGUUACUCAACAGCUUCUAGACUAUAUCCAGAAAGAGGCAUUAGUGAUAAAUGUAUGGGGGAAGCAAAAGAAGGAACAGAAUGUACAGAAAUCACUGAACACGAGGGAAUUAAUGCAAAGGGAAAAGACACUCCUUAGACCAGGCUUCACACGGCUCGAUACCUCAGCAUCAAAGGAACACAUACAUAUGAAUGAGAGCAAUUACAAAAUGCAGUCAGAAGUGAAUACCUAUAGGAAACGUGCAGAAAGAGCAGAAUUGAAAAUUAACAAGCUGUAUGAUAUGUGUAAUAAAGCCAAGGAAAAGAAGGAGAAGAACCUAAAGAUUGAGGAUGUUGAGGGAGUACUGAACAGCAACAAUAGAUUCAAGGGUGUGGCUAGAAUGAUGGCCUUGAUUGAGUCUGCCAAAGAUGACAAUAUGGGGAAAGUGACAUCUCAAGCGUGUGUUUUGCAAUAAGAAAUAUAGACAAGUGUGGUUUUUAUUAUUGAGUUGAAAUCAAAAAUGUGCAACUUAUGGAAUUGUUAUCUAUUUCUUGGACAUUUGAUAUGAAAAAGUUUAAAAAUGUAGAAAUUCUGAUCGUUGUGACUCUCAGUUGCAUCAAUGGGCAUUUCAACCCUGAUAUACUGUUUAUGCAUAUAAAACUAUUGUGAUAUCUAGGAUGUUUUUUUGACUGAACAAAGACCAAGUUGGAAUAUAAAGAAACUAUCUUUUCAACCAUUCAUCCAUCCAUCAGUCUGUACGCCUGUCCCUGCAAAUACAUGCGUGAUGCCAAAAAUAUAUGUGCAAAGUAUAUUUUGCAGUGAUAUUAUCUAAUAUUCUUAUACCAAAUUCUUACUAUUAUAGACUAUAAAUGCAUUGUGAUGUAAAAUUUAUGAUCUGUGAUAUUAUUUUAUUAUUUAUUUAUCAAGAGCAUUUAGAGAGUUGUGUACAUGUAUUUUGUUAUUUUAAAAAUCAUAAUCCGUCCAUGACAUGUUACUCUCCUUAAGGCAGGCCUUAGAGGAUUUUCCCACCAACAACAAGCCAAUAUGUAAAAAAAUUCAAGUGGAUUAGUCAGAUAACUUAUUCUCCCCAGUCUACCUUAAAGGAGUAUGUAUGUCCAAAUAUUUUGUCCAAAGUUUGUCCAAAUAUUUUAUCCGUCUAUUGGUAUUGCAUAAACAUUAAACAUGCCAUCACUA